UGAAUGCAGAGAGCGCAGUACCAAAUUUUGCCAAAGAUCUCUCCAGUCUAAAACAAGAUUAACCUUGUUGGACAGGACCAGAGCUCGAGUACCAAAUUAAUUAAACCAUGUGUGCUGGUCGGGCCCUCCUGCAAUCACAAGCCCUUCAUUUCCUCGCACCGUACAUGCAUAUAUAUAUAUAUAUAUCCACGAGACUGUCGACGUUGCUAUAAAACGUGACGCUCCUCCAUUCCAAUCUCCUUCGCCCGCUCGCACCGACACGCACCACGGCCCCUGUCCGUCACGCUCGGCCCCGCUCACUCCCACUCCCACUCCCACUCCCACGGUAGUGAUCCCACCACCGCGGAAUGCCACCUCCGACACCAAGAACCAAGCGACGGGAAGCGGCCAGGCUCCUCCUCCUCGCCACCUUCCUCCCCCUCCUCCUCCUCACAUUCCUCUUCGCCCAGACCGCAUUCGCCGCCGACGCCGACCACGACGGCGGCCACCACCACGAGCGCACGCUCCUCGACGCCAAUGCGGACGCCGAGCACGCGGCGGCCGUGGACCGGCAUUGCGCGGGCAUGCUGCACCGGGAGGUCUGCGCGUCGGCGCUGGCCGGCGUCGAGGGGCUGGCGCAGAAGCCGCUCGGGGACGUGAUCUCGUUGGUGGUGGGGCGCGCGGCGUCGGCGGUGCGGUCCGCCGCGUCCAACUGCACGUCCUACCUGGCGCGCCCGCACCGGCUGCGCCUCCGCGACCGCCUCGCGCUGUCCGACUGCCAGGAGCUGUUCGGGCACACGCUGAGCCAGCUCGGCACGGCGGCGGCCGAGCUCUCUGCCGGGAACCGCACGGCGGAGGACUCCGUCGCGGGCCUGCAGACGGUGCUGUCGGCGGCCAUGACGAACCAGUACACCUGCCUGGAGGGGUUCGCGGGGCCGUCGGCGUCGGAGGACGGCCGCGUGCGGCCCUACAUCCAGGGCCGCAUCUACCACGUCGCCCACCUCGUGUCCAACUCGCUCGCCAUGGUCCGCCGCCUCCCGCAGCGCCGCCGCGGGCGCGCCCUCCGCUCGAGAACCACAAGAAGAACCACGGGCGAGGAGGUGUUCGAGGGGUACGGGCCGGUGCGGCGCGGGUUCCCGGCGUGGGUGGCGGCGGCGGACCGGAGGCGGCUGCUCCAGGAGAGCGUGCCGGACCUGGUGGUGGCCAAGGACGGGAGCGGCAACUUCACGACGGUGACGGAGGCGGUGGCGGCGGCGCCCAACAACAGCGCGACGCGGUACGUGAUCCACAUCAAGGCCGGGGGCUACUUCGAGAACGUGGAGGUGGGCAGCGACAAGACCAACAUCAUGUUCGUCGGCGACGGCAUGUGGAAGACCGUCAUCAAGGCCAGCCGCAACGUCGUCGACAACUACACCACCUUCCGCUCCGCCACGCUAGCGGUGAUCGGGACGGGGUUCCUGGCGAGGGACCUGACGGUGGAGAACGCGGCGGGGCCGGCGAAGCACCAGGCGGUGGCGCUGCGGGUGAACGCGGACCUGUCGGCGUUCUACCGCUGCAGCUUCGCGGGGUACCAGGACACGCUCUACGCGCACUCGCUCCGCCAGUUCUACCGCGACUGCGACGUCUACGGCACCGUCGACUUCGUCUUCGGCGACGCCGCCGCCCUGCUCCAGAACUGCAGCCUCUACGCGCGCCGCCCGGGGCCCGGGCAGAAGAACGUCUUCACGGCGCAGGGCCGCGAGGACCCCAACCAGAACACCGGCAUCGCCGUGCAGGGAUGCAAGGUCGCCGCCGCCGCCGACCUCGUCCCCGUGCUCGCCAACUUCUCCUCCUACCUCGGACGGCCCUGGAAGGCCUACUCCCGGACGGUGUUCAUGCAGUCCAAGAUGGAGGCCCUGGUGCACCCCCGGGGUUGGCUCGAGUGGAACGGCACCUUCGCGCUCGACACGCUCUACUACGCCGAGUACAUGAACCGGGGCCCCGGCGCCGACACGUCGGCGAGGGUGGCGUGGCCGGGGUACCGGGUGAUCACCGCCGCCGCCGACGCCGGCAACUUCACCGCGCAGGCGUUCAUCCAGGGCGACCUCUGGCUCAACUCCACCUCCUUCCCCUACACGCUCGGCCUCGGGUAGGAAUAGGAUGACCGAAAUGUAUGGGUACGGGGGUCCAUUCAUUUUGGCUCAUAGGUAAAAAAAGUUGAAUAAGAGAUUACAUUAGGCUCUCAUUUCCACAGUACACUGAAGAAAAACUGUUGGCGCCGACGUUCAAAUCUGAAAUACGCAUUGGUACUACUGAGACUAUUGUCCAGAUCUGUAAUAGUCAUCACUGGUACUCAUGUAACUGUUGCUGGUAGGGUUGGACUCUUUACAACAAGAGGACGAACAUUAAA